UUCCUUAAACAAAAUAAUGCAGGGUAGGCAAGUCUCAGCAUCCAUCUUGAAUCAUAAAGAGUGGAAAUUGUUUCCUCUUUCGAUAUAGUGUUUUCAGUUUUAUACGAUUGACUUUUGUAAAUGGUAAAUGUUGGAUAACUGGACACAACCACUCGAAAGCAUUCAUUCAAGGAUUAUGGGUGGUUAGAGAAACGUGACGGGAGGAGUUCCCAAAAUCCAGCAAACCCAUUGGCUUUAGCCCCGGGGUCUAUUGAGGAGACUCUAGGUUGCGCGAUCUUCGAGUAAAGUAAACAUCGCUAUAAUGGGACAGGACAGGAACCUGCUAAACUAAACCCCUCAGUGAAUAAUGGAAAACCUGAAAAGGCUGGACUUGGAGGUGGAGGAGUUUAUGGACAUUUUGGAAGAGAGAAGAAGGAGCAGUGACCUUGGCCAUGCCUUCAGGACCUUUAACCCCCAACUCUACAGGGGAGUUCCGCCAUGCUCCGUGAAGGACCUCAACAGAACUGUGCUUGAAUCACACUACCUGAGCUAUGUCAUUAAAGAGGUUGCCAUGGAGAGUGGGAAAACAUGGGAGGUAGUGAGAGAGGAGGCUUCUGGGAUACUGGAAGAGAUGGCUCAUAAUUUACAACUAGGCUUCAUCAGACUGCUGGGGUUCAUCUUCACUAAAGUCUUCAAGAGGCUUUUCAGGAGCAUCCAUGUCAACCAGGAAGGCCUGAACAGGCUUCAGCAAGCCAUUCAGGAGUCUCCAGUAAUCCUGAUGCCCAAUCACAGGAGCUACAUAGACUUCCUGGUUCUGUCCUACAUCCUGUUCACCUAUGACCUCCCCAUCCCCGUAAUUGCUGCAGGAAUUCCUCUGAUGGGGAUGAAGAUGAUUGGGGAGAUCCUGCGUCGCUGCGGAGCCUUCUUCAUCCGUCGUGCUAUUGGCUCAGACAAGCUGUACUGGGCCGUGCUCUCUGAGUACGUCAAAACUAUCGUCAGGAGAGGAUAUGCUCCUGUGGAGUUCUAUGUGGAAGGUCUCAGAAGUCGCACUCUGAAGUCUCUAACACCAAAGCUUGGUAUGAUGCACAUGGUAUUGGAGCCCUUUUUUAAAGCGGAGGUGUAUGACAUCAAUCUGAUACCCAUCAGUAUUAGCUAUGACAGGGUACUGGAGGAAUCCCUCUUAGCCCAUGAAUUGCUGGGGAUACCCAAACCUAUAGAGACCACCACGGGCCUGUUUAAAGCCAGAAAGGUUCUGGACGAGGACUAUGGCAGUAUGCAUGUGUACUUUGGACACCCUCUGUCGGUACGACAGCUAUCUCAGGGAAAAAUCAACCGCUGCCAGUACAACCUCAUCCCCAGAGACCUUCCCCAGAAGCCCAGCCCAGAGACCCAGGCCUGUGUGAGCUGGCUGGCCCACCUGGUGGUGUGUGUCCAGGAGGAGGGGGUGGUGCUUAGUCCCUGGUCUCUCAUGGCCUGCCUGCUGCUUCAGAGCCUCCCAGCGGCUCAGGAGGGAAGACUGGCCUGGGAUCUCCUGACACAAAGGACCCUCUGGCUCAGGGACCUGGCUCUGGGUUUCGGUGCCCGCUUGCACUGGCCUGAGCAAAUUCCUGACUCUGAUGUGAUGUCAUCUAACAUGGCCCUGCAUAGCUCUGUGGUUCGCUGUGAAGGUGGGCGAGUCCACCUGGUGGAGGAGGAGGGGCCUGUAGGGAACCAGCCCAUCAGCCCAGCGGAGGGUGUAAUCAGGAGGGCGGGGCCUGUUCUUAUGGUGGCUCUCUAUAGAAACCAGGCGAUGCAUGUUUUUGCACGUCCAGCUAUGCUCGCUGUGGCCAUACACACUGCACAAAGCACACGCAGAGAGGACAUCUUCAACUUCUUUAGCUUCCUGCAGGAUGUGUUCUCCAACGAAUUUAUCUUUGUCCCUGGCAAGACCUCUCAAGACUUUGAGGAGUCAUGUCACUUACUAAGGAAGUGUGGUGCUGUUCAAAUCAGUGAUCAGGAAGUGAAAGAGACCGAGGAGGGGCAGACCACGACUGCCUUCCUGCGAGCGCUGCUACAGCCCUUCAUAGAUGCCUAUCAGGUGGUGUUCAGUUACCUGUGUGAGGAGGGUGUUCAGGUGUUCACAGAGAAGCAGCUGGUUCCUGCAGUACGCACCCUGGCCUCACAGCUCAUCCUGUCUGGUGAGCUGAACUCCUAUGAAGCACUUUCAUCUGACACCCAGAAAAAUGUUCUAUCUGCACUGCUAAGACUGGAUGCUGUGAUAAAGUCAAGAGUAGGAGUACCGAGUGAGUUCCAGGCCAAAAAAGCAGCCAUCAGAAAAAUAGGAGAUAUAAUGACUGGAAGAAUCCCACCACAGAGGCAUCUGAUUGCUGCACCAGAUGCAAGACUUUAGUCUAGACACACAUCUUCAGUCAUGUGUCCAUCUAUGGCUCCUAUACAUGGGCUAGAAACUUGGAGCUCUCAGACAAACUACCUCUGUCUGAAUGUGAAACAUCAUAUUAUAUACAGUUUAUUGCCAUCGAGACAUAGGCUGGGUUUUAUUCCUGAAUUGGGCUCCCUCCACUAAGGGAAAUAUUCAGUUGUUAUAUUCUAACUGAUUGGCAUUUUAAUUUAAGCGAGGGAGGUAGGUGGGUAAGAAGGCAGGGAAUGAUUGAUUGACCAUGAGUUGAGCCUUAAACAGUCUCAAAUAGUAUUAAAUGCUAGCUAGUGGCUAAGUGCAAUUAAUAAAGUUAAGGAUAGGGUACUUUAGGGUCUUAGGACAAUUGGAGGUAGUCUAAUCACUGACGCAAUACAAGCUCUCAUGUAUUUUUAUGGGCAAUCCAUAAUAUAAUUUCAGUUCUCCAUAAUGAAAUACAAGCAGCAUACAGCAUCACAAUCAAAGAUCAAUUACAUUUAAAUUGGAAUAAAUGUAAAUUCAUUUUGUAUACAUCUCAAGCUGAUGGCCUGACAGGGCUUCUGAGUUUCCACCAAACAAUUUCCAUAAGGAAUCAGGAGAGACCACUGUGACACUCAAUAACCAAUUCAUGUUCAACUGUUCUGUAGUUUUGUUUUGCCGGCAUAUUCCUGAGUUAAAUAAAA